AUGACGACCACCUUCCUCAACACAGGUCUUCCGCUUUGGCUAUUCAUCCUCUUGAUCGUCAUCGGCUCUGGUAUUCUGGUUGCUACAGGUGCUGUUCUUUGGCGAUGCUGGUUACAACGUCGUCGUGCCCGGAGGGCCGACUGGGAUGGCUUUACCGGCCCAACACGACGCAUGACCGUCCGACGAGGACGCAUGGUGCCUACCUCUCAGCAUCUCUCUUUGACGGGGUCCAUGUUCGGCACCAAACAGUUUGGUCUGCUGGCAGACAAUGAGUCCACCAUGGCCGGUCGGAGAAGCCCAUUUGAAUGGUGGAAUUCAGUCGUCGACCGAUCACAGUCUCGUCAGGAACAAAUGUCACAGGUGGACGGAGCAUCCAUUUUCACCACCAGACCUUCAUCGAGGGCCACGAGCGUAGCCACCCGCCGUGACUUUCGCUCUGCCACCCCAACACGAACUCCAGAAAAGCCCAAAGAUGCCCUCACCAGAGUCACCGAGCUCAAUUUUCCAUCAUCUUCGCCUUCUCCGCCAUCUCCUUCCGAAAUGAGGCCUACCAUCAAUUUUUCCCGAUCUUUUGUCAGAACCCCUUCAUCACCAUUGGCCCAGAGAUCCCAAAAUGUACUAUCGCUUAUUGAAGAGACCUCACCUCAUCAAUCCAUGAUAGUCAAUCCUCCAAGGAGAACAUCGACUCGCUCCUCCCACUUUGCAGCAAUCGAUCCUUUGGACAGAACCCCCUUACCAGGUCCCGUUAUGGACUCAAGGUCAGGGUCAAGAAAAUCCGCAGUAUCUCCAAUCACCCCCGAAUUCCAAAACUUCUCGAAUAGAUCUCCCCUUCAAGCCCAUCCUCCAUCUACUCCCAACGUCCCUAUUCCACCCCUGCCGGCAUUACGGUACAAUCGCCGUAGUAUGUCUGGAUUAUCUUCAGACCUUCCUGAGACGAACAAGACUUCUCCCUUUGAGCCCGUACGGCCCAAGACUGCCGAUGCUGCUCAUACACGUUCAACACACGGCCCACAAAAGCUCAGCAAGCGAAGAUCUACAUCUCGACACCCGAGCAUAGCAGUGCCAAAACCGAUUGCAUACACAUCGUUUCAGUCGAGUGUCGUUCCAUCACCUUCCUACCGCCAACCAACCAAUAAUCAUGCAGAAGUUCCAGAAGGAAGGUCUAUCGUAGAUAGACGUGGCAGCACACAGACGAUCGACUCGACGACCGAGAAACGCAAAUCAACAGCCAGCAUUGGACCCAGUGGCAUCGUCUACGAAUCACAAAUUCCAGAUUAUUGGUUAUCCCGAGCCAACCUACACGAUGCAUCGACGCCUUUGACACCCCGAACUCAGAACCACAAGGACUCGUUCCUGGCCAAUCUCCCACAAGAGACGCCGGUGGUCUCGAGCGAGGAGCGGGAGAAUGCAAUCGGAGUCCUGACUGUGCCGGGCAAGCACAACUCUCGGGUUCUACGCAAGAAAUCCCUGAGAAAGAUGGAAAUGGUCAGCUCCGUGAGCUGAUUUUGACCUUGUUGCUGUUGAGCCACACGAAGAUGACGUCCUCCUCUUACUCU